GCUAGCGACAAGCACAUCUCAUUUUAUUAUACUGAUACACACAACAGGAGGUGUUUAUCUCAAUCUCACAUAUAUCCCACUCAUGAUCUAACAAUAUUCAUAUUGUUUUCUGAUCUUGAUCAUUUUUAAGCUUGUGAUAUUUAUUCUUUGCGACCUUGUUUUUGUUAUAGUGAUUCAUCACCAAAAGCGAAAAUUAUCGUUACCCCUUACUCUUUCAUUUGUUCUUUGUAUUUGUAAAGUGCGUACUUAUCUACUUCAUCAGCAGACAAACGACCAGAAUGUCAGCCUCCAUUCUUGCGCAGGCUGCUUCAUUGUUGAAGCCUGGUGAGCGCAUCGCCAAGCAUGGAGAGGCGAGUGGCGAAGCGAGUUCUAGCAAGCCUGAAGCCCCAAAGCGCAUCUGCGACGCCCCUGCGAUACUAUUGAAACGCGAUGAAAUCAAGUACAAACCAGCUGCUGGGCAAAAGCAUGUCCCGUGGAUUGAGACCCUUGCUGUGACAGCAGCAAAACCGUUGGACAAAACUGAGGCUGAAGAAGACGUCAAAAGAGAACAAUCCUUUCUAGCACAGGGUAUUUUCAUAGCUCCCUCACUUUGUUCUCCGCACUCUCAUAAAGAAGACCUCCGUAGAGCAUACAACUGUGAGGUACUAGAGGACUAUGGAUCGUCCUCUAGUGUCAGAGUCAGUCUGAUCAUAACCUCCAGAACUUUCUUGCCCUUGUGAUGUUGUUAUCUCUAUCAACUGUGAUCAGUGUAUGCCUAGAUGUAGAAGAGCUAUACCAGCUAUAAUAAAUCAAUUUUGAAGUGGUCUAUUUUCAUCUUACGCUUAGUUAUGCUUAACUGCUUUUUUGAUAACAUACAUGAUAACAGCUAAGGAACUCGUUGCUGAGGGGUACCGAAGACUUCGCGUUAUGAAGAUUCCAGCAACAAGACCGGAUGACUUUCUCGCGGAGAUGUUUAAGACUGACGACCAAAUGCUGAAGGUCCGAACCCGUAUUGUGGAUGAGCAAAAGCGUAUCGGCGCCGUGGAGGAGCGAAAGAGAAACCAGGCAAACGCUAAGUUCGGAAAGGCAGUCGGGGUUAAGCGUGCUGAAGAAAAAGCCAAGAAGAGAAAACAAGGAUUGGACCAAAUCGAGAAAUGGAAGUACCUACCAUAAUAUCAUUAAACUCUUGAUAUUACAAGAAUAUAAUAGACUCAAAGAACCUGCUGGAUGAACGUAAACAACUUGAUCUACUUUGAGUUCGAUGUUGUAUUGGAAAACUUCGUCCUGCUGUAUGCUUCCGGUAUUUGGUAACCCUAACCUGAAUUUGAUCAUAGGGGAAAACAAGAAGAGAACCCUUGUGAUCAAAUUCAGGUUACCAAAUACCGGAGCCAUUAAUUUGCAUGAUGAAGCAGACACUAUUACUCACGACUCAUUUGCAGGAAAGUUUUGUCCGCCUCAACCUGAUUACGGUAGCUGACACUUGAUACGAUCCUCUUCCUCAUACGUAAUAUGAUUCCACUCUCAAAUAAAACAACCACCAGGUCCGACAAAGACAAAGAUUCAGAGGGCAAGAGCCUAGAGGACGUGCUCUCAGGCGUGAAAAGUAAGCAAAAGAAGGAAAAGGGGAAAGGUAAGAAGGGUGGGGGCAAGAAGGGGCCAAAAAAAGGUGGUGGCAAGUCGUCUGCUGGAAAAGGCUCAGGCAAGAAGGGCAAAGGCAACGGCAAAGGCGCAAAAAAAGGAGGAAAAAAGAGAAAGUAGAACGACUGCUCCGUUACGUAGACAACCAUAUUAUACUUAUAUAAUAUAGCUGAAUACUAUGGGGCGUCGCGAUGAGGGACUGCGAAACUCUUCACCGUACUUGGUCUUCGUGAAGUCGAGCUAGUUUCCUGGUCGCGCGCCCAGCAAAAAUGCCGUAGGAGAGUUGUCGUGACACUUUUAAUGGAUGCUCUCAUUCGGAAGCGAACUCAAAAACAAUUCAUGCAUGUUCUUGUCCUUCUACGAUCAAAAAAAGAGUAAAGGAAGCCAGCGCAAUCAUGUUGCC